AUUUAUCAAGAUAUUAUGAUACUUAUGAAUGCAACGAGCCACUGGUAGAAGGUGCUAAACUCACUGCAACUUCUAGUUUAAGGGAAAGGGGGCCGGAGAAUGCUAAGCUGUAUGGUUAAAAAACCAAUUAAAAGAAAUACUUUGAUGAACAUACUAACUUGGAGAAACCAAACAACAAAGAAACAGUCUAUUUGCUCAGAGACCAUGGAUAAAGUAAAUGUGAGAUGGGCAUUUAAUACUAGCACUUGGACACCAACUUUUGAUCAAAUAUUGGCUGCUUCAAGUUACAUACAGCCUGAAGAAAAGCAGAGAAUCUCAAGGUUUGUCUUCCAAGACGAUGCCAAGUCAUCUUUAAUUGGACGGCUUAUGUUAAGAAAGUUUGUUCAUACAAGUACGUUAUUAGAAUACCAAAACGUUUGCUUUGGCAGAGAUGAUCGUGGGAAGCCAUACCUAUCAGGUAUAGGUGAUGUACCAGUAAACUUUAACAUUUCACAUCAAGGAGACUAUGUUGUAUUAGGAGGGACUAACGGAAAAAACAUUGGCAUUGAUCUCAUGAAGAUAGAACCACCAGCUAAUAAAAACAUACAGGAAUUCUUUCGCAUUAUGAAAAGACAGUUUUCUGAUCACGAAUGGAAAACCAUUUAUGCAUACCCUAAUGAAUCAGAACAGAUUGCAUGUUUCUACCGAAUGUGGUGUCUAAAAGAGAGUUACGUUAAAAAUAUUGGUCUAGGAAUCACUGUAGCAUUGAACGAAAUAAGUUUUAAUAUUAAAUCUGAAUUAAAAGUUGGUGAAAUAACUGCAGAUACGAAAUUGUAUGUAAAGAAUUGUUUGAAAGAAGAUUGGCAUUUUGAAGAGACGUUAUUAGAUGAAAAACAUGCUGUGGCAGUUUCAUUUGAAGAUGAUAAAGAGAAAAAUGAUUCUAUAAAUUAUGAGUUUUUGAGCUAUGAUGAUUUAGUGAAGGAGGCUGAACCUUUAGCAGAGUUAGACUCAGUGUUUGCUAAUGAUUUUAUCAAGAAAGUAAUGAAACCUCAAUAGACAAUUUAGGUCUAAAUCAUGAUAUUAUAUUAAUCUCGCCAGUGGGAUUAUUGUUCAUGUACCAAUUACUAGAAUUUUAGCAUCAUGCAUAGGAAAUUAAAAUACUAAGAAAACUUUAUAACAAAUGUAAAAAAAAACUCAGAUAAUAAGAAAAUAUAGUAUUAAGAAUCCUAUUUCAGAUUAAAAGUUAUAUUUUAAGAGUUUAAUUAUAGUUUUACUGAAAUUGUAUAAUGGGAGAUAUAGGGUAAUAUUGCUAAUGUUGUUAUUAUGUACUUCUAAAUCAGUUUAGAAUCCAAACUUAGUAUUGAAUAGCAGUUUGAAAGUUUUAUAAUAAGGGUAUAAAUAAAGGAAAACCUUAA